AUGAAGGAGUAUCGAGUGUUGUUCUACUUACUCAUCUCUUGGGUGAUUGUGUUCCUUAUAAAUGAGAAAUAUGUACCUUACAAAACAAUCCGACAAUGCAAAUGGCCAAACCUCAACCAAAAUAGCAAAGCUGAUGCCACCACGCAAACCAACAUCUUACUCAUUGCCGAUCCACAACUAAUUGACAAUCACACAUAUCCAGGUCGCAACUCUUAUUUGCUUAGUCUAUCGCAACACACCGUUGAUCAACAUUUGAAACGCAACUAUGCCCAAUUAACCAAACUCAACCCAAACUCAACGAUUUUCUUAGGGGAUUUACUAGAUAAUGGACGUGCCUCCACCGACGAGUACUUCAACAAGGAAGUGGCCCGAUUCAGAUCGAUUUUCCCACAAAAUAGACAAAUGUAUACUAACCUUCCCGGAAACCAUGAUAUUGGAUUUGGCGAUUUGAUACGAACUGAAGUACGUGAUCGAUUUAGUGAAACUUUUGGUAAUCCAAAUUUGCAAACUAGUAUUGCUGGGGUCGAGUUUAUUCUUGUUGAUACUACCAGUUUAUCAUCGACUAAGGAUCAGAUCAACCAAGCUGCGCUUGGGUUCGUUAAUGGAUUGCCAAAGAAGAGCAUGCCGCGGAUCUUGUUAUCACACGUGCCGCUUUCUCGUCAUCCUGAUACUAAAUGUGGCCCAUUAAGAGAAAAGCCAAAGUUUUUGGCCUUGGGACGAGGAUACCAGUAUCAAAAUUCACUCACAAAGGAGAUUUCCGAUUUUUUGCUUGAUAAGAUUGAGCCCGAUUUGAUAUUUUCGGGAGAUGAUCAUGAUUAUUGUGAUAUUGUACAUGAUCAAGGGACUAGGGAAAUCACGAUAAAGUCCAUGUCGAUGGCGAUGGGGAUUUACUAUCCCGCUGUGCAGUUACUCAGCUAUGUCAAACUGCCCGAGGGUUUAAAGUACCAAACCAAGAUUUGCUAUAUGCAGACGCCAUAUAUCAAUGUGGUUGUAUACAUUGUUAUGGCGGUUGUGUCAAUUGUGGUUAUACUACAGCAAAAUUUGCGCUUGAAAACGGGCAAUAAUUCAAGUUGGACGGUUUUGCCGUUGAGUAGACUGAAACGGGAGGAAAAGAGCAAGAUGGGUACUGGUGGGUGGAGAAAACAAAUGUGUUUGGAUGUGGCAAAGGAGAUGGCCUUUAUGGGAGUAGUGGUGAUUUUAGUUUACAAAUACUUGAUUGUUAUAUAG